UAGAACAAAAUGGAAAUUAUAAUAAGCCAUCUAGUCGUCAAUAUAGACAUCCGAUCGAUGAAACACAGGAUGAAAAUGGAUAUCUAAAGCCAGAACAUUUACGGUACGAAACAAUAAAUGACAUUCAUAUAUCUAAACAAUCAAAUUAUGACGAGGUAUUAGUUUUACCUCCGCCAAUUCCAAGAACGCGACCAUGUGAACUUUCAAAUAACCACGACGAAACUAGUGAACAUCGAGCUUUUCUCGAGUCGAAGAGUCCAAACUCUCAUCAGCUGCAAGUGAACAAGAAAAACAAAAAUGGGCGACACGGUGGCUGUUGGAAGAAUUACCAGAUGAAAUUGUCAACCGGGCGAAG